AUGUUUGGGCCGUUUAGACUCAGUGCAGUCUUGCAGGCCGGCAAGACCAAAACCAAGCUGAUAACGGCUGUGAAAAAGGGCGUAGUUUUGCCCGACACAGAGAAAUUAGAGGCCAGGUGGAAGAAGAAAAUGAGGUCCAAAUACUCGCAGCCGUUACAAGGUCAUUCUGCCAAAGUGAUGGUGUCAAAUAUGCUCAAGAUCCCACUGGAACAAGUCCCAGAAGUGAACUCGAUGACCGCAUUCAGUCCAGCACAGCUGAAAAGACUAUUUAAGACGAAAGUUCAAAGACUCAAGUACAAUAUAUUGGGCACAAACGCUGUCCAGCUCGAAGACUCAAAGGUGGUAAACGAGAAAACCGAAAAGUUUCUUGACCGAGAAGACUUGCCGCGUGCUAUGGAGAUGGCGCAUCUGGCAGGCAAAAAUGGUGUUUUUGCGUAUGGCACGAUCAUGAAGUUCCUGGCCAAAGAGGGCCGUCUGAACAUGAUCUGGGAGCUCUUGAACCAGCAUGUGAAAAAAAGAGGUCUACGUCCUGACGGACGUAUGCUGACAAUCUUUUUUGACGCUUUUGCCAAGGCCAAGUAUCCAAACUCGAACAUGCCCAAGAUAACCGAAAACCAGGCCGUUCUGGUGUACGAAUUUCUGCUGCUCGAGCUCUGCAAAAAGGAGCCUGUAGCUAAUAUUUUUCACGUCAACACAGCCAUGAAAGCACUCCGACUCGCUGGAAAACACAAGCUCGCAAUUAGGGUAUUCAACAGACUCAAGGACUACAACGUAAAGGCGGAUGCCUUUACGUACACGGAGUACUUUUUGAGUCUGCGCCACAGCGAUAACUACACGGAAGCGGUGGGGGAGGCAGAAAAACAAUUUCGCGCUGCUCAAAGACGGAAGGUGAAGCUGGACGUUCAGCUUGUGCAGGCGUACUCGUCGAUUUUUGUGUUUUCGGACGAUCUCCGUUUACAGGAGCGUGGUCUACUGAUUCUGCGACGCUGGUUCGAUGUUUGUCCUGAGUCAGAGAUUGACAUCAGCGUUGAUUAUGACGCCAUCGACACGAAUAUCACCGUUGGUAGCGGCAACGAUACUCCGCGCAGACUGGCGGACGACGUGGAUGCGACAACGAUCCUGCUGCCGGAAUCUGAGAUCAACCAGUGCGGGACGCGGUUCGAAGCCACCGAGCAAAUUAAAAACCGCCAUGCCACGCUGUGCCAAUAUUUCAAUGUACAUAGAAAAUAA